AUGGCGGAACGCUACAUCCCCGAACACCGCCGGACACAGUUCAAGGCUAAGAACCAGUUUAAGCCCGAUGAGCUCCGUCGCCGCCGUGAAGAACAGCAGGUCGAGAUUCGCAAGCAGAAGCGUGAGGACAACCUGGCCAAGAGACGUGGUAUUCAAACCCGGGAUGGUGGCAUCGGUGUUGGUGGCAUGAACGCCGCCACCGAGAGCGAUGAUGAAGCUAGUGCUAUCGAAAGCGAGCUCAAUGUCGAGCUUCCCCAGAUGGUGAAGGGUGUAUUCUCCGACCAGGUUGAGGAACAGAUCCAGGCUACUACCAAGUUCCGCAAAUUGCUUUCCAAGGAGCGCAACCCCCCCAUUGAGCGUGUCAUCGAGACUGGUGUGGUUGCACGUUUCGUCGAGUUCCUUCGCUCGCCUCACACUCUGGUCCAAUUCGAGUCCGCCUGGGCUCUGACCAACAUUGCCUCCGGUUCCGCCCAGCAGACUCAGGUCGUCAUCGAGGCCGGCGCCGUCCCCAUUUUCGUCGAAUUGCUUGCCAGCCCCGAGCCCGAUGUCCGUGAACAAGCUGUCUGGGCCCUUGGUAACAUCGCCGGUGACAGCCCUCACUGUCGUGACUUUGUUCUCGGAGCUGGUGCACUGCGCCCGCUUUUGAACCUCAUCAACGAUGGUCGCAAGCUAAGCAUGCUCCGCAACGCUACCUGGACCCUGAGCAACUUCUGCCGUGGCAAGACUCCUCAGCCGGAUUGGAACACUAUUGCCCCCGCCCUGCCCGUCCUCUCUAAGCUUAUCUACAUGCUCGAUGACGAGGUCCUGAUCGACGCUUGCUGGGCUAUCUCAUACCUGUCUGAUGGAGCCAACGACAAGAUCCAGGCUGUCAUCGAAGCCGGUAUUCCCCGCCGCUUGGUCGAGCUCCUUAUGCACGCUUCUACCUCCGUCCAGACUCCUGCGCUGCGCUCCGUUGGUAACAUCGUCACCGGUGAUGAUGUUCAGACCCAGGUCAUCAUCAACUGCGGCUCCCUCCCCGCUCUUCUUUCCCUCCUGAGCUCCACCAAGGACGGCAUCCGCAAGGAAGCUUGCUGGACCAUCUCCAACGUCACCGCUGGUAACUCCAGCCAGAUCCAGGCCGUCAUUGAUGCUGGCAUUAUUGCCCCUCUCAUCAACCUGCUUGCCAACGGUGACUUCAAGACCCGCAAGGAGGCCUGCUGGGCUAUCUCCAACGCCACCUCCGGUGGUCUCCAGAAGCCUGAGCAGAUCCGUUACCUUGUUUCCCAAGGGUGCAUCAAGCCCCUUUGCGACCUCCUGGCUUGCCCCGAUAACAAGAUCAUCCAGGUCGCCCUUGAUGGUCUUGAGAACAUUCUCAAGGUCGGUGAUAUGGACAAGGAGGCCGGUCAGCCCGGUGAGCCUCGCGUCAACCGCUACGCCCUCUUCAUUGAGGAAGCCGGUGGCAUGGAGAAGAUUCACGAUUGCCAGAACAAUGCCAAUGAGGAGAUCUACAUGAAGGCCUACAACAUCAUUGAGAAGUACUUCUCUGAUGAGGAUGAGGCCGGUGGUGACAUUGAAGAGCUGGCUCCCCAACAGACCCAGACCGGGUUCUCCCUCGGUACUGAGCAGCAACAGCCCGGUGGUUUCAACUUCGGCGGCAACGCCGGUGAUUCCAUGGACAUGUAA